AUGGUCAACGUGCCAAAGGCCAGAAAAACUUUCUGUGAUGGCAAGUGCCGCAAACACACCAACCACAAGGUGACCCAAUACAAGAAGGGAAAGGAGUCCAAGUUCGCUCAAGGACGUCGGCGUUACGACAGAAAGCAAGCUGGAUUCGGAGGUCAGACCAAGCCAAUCUUCAGAAAGAAGGCUAAGACCACCAAGAAGAUCGUUCUCAGAAUGGAGUGCACUGAGUGCAAGCACAAGAAGCAACUCCCAAUCAAGAGAUGCAAGCACUUCGAACUUGGAGGACAAAAGAAAUCCCGCGGACAAGUUAUUCAGUUCUAA